GCGCUCCGCGGGACAGAGCAGCCGCCUCACCGCAGCACGCACUAAUGCUGGCUGGCUCAUCGUUGGCGCUAUAUGUACAUUAGGAGUACCAGUGGUGCGAGGCCUGCUGCCCCGCAUGCUGCUGCUGUGGAGGAACAGCUUCCCGCGCUCCGCCAAGGAACUCGAGUCGGAGAAAGCCAGGGGAGAUGCAUUCACUUGGCAGGUGACAUUAGAAGGUCGUGCGGGCGCACUGUCAGCUCUGCACAGUCUGCUACUGCACUGCCCCUCGCUGGUGCACAACGAUGACACCGCCAAACGACUCACGCAGCCCAUAGAUGGCGCCAUCGCUGUUCUUACUAAUGUGAGUACAGUGGUACGUAACUACGGCGGUGCUCUGAAGGCGCCGGCCGCGUUGCUGCGGCUGCGGCUGUACCAGGCGUGCGGCGCGCUGGGCGGGGCGGGCGCGCCCGCGGCGCCGCUGCUGCGUCUGCUCGCCGCUGAGCUGGCGGGCUCGGCAGACCCCAGCGGCGCUAAUGUUGCCACGGGAAUUCUGAGAAACGCAAUGCACCCCCGAGACACAAUACUGCUGGGUGAAGAAAGUUGGAUCUAUGAAACGGAUCAUGCUGAAAUUGAAGAACAGCUGAUAUCGCCGCUGAGUGCGAGCGGAUCAAGCGCGUUGGAGCACGACCCAUGCUGUCUGUACCGCGGCACGGUGGGCGCGGGGGGUGCAGCGGGCAUGGGGGGCGUGGCGGGUGCAGGGGGUGCGGUGGGCGCGCAGCCGCUGGGCGUGGCCGUCAUCGACGCCUCCGUACUGCUGUUCCCGCAGAUAUUCUCCAGAGCCGCCAACAAACAUAGACAGCAGAUGCUGGAGCACUUCGCGGAGUGCAUCAAGAUGUCGAAGGGUGGUCGGCAGGAGGCGAUACAGAUCAACGUGUACACCGCGCUGCUGCUGGCGCUGCGCGCGCUCGCCGACACCAAGACCUCGCUCGGACAGGAACCUGUCAAGACUGUCGCCGUCGAACUUAUUGUGAAUGGUCUAUCAUCGAACAGCGUGACAGUGCGUGCGGCGGCGGCGUCGUGCGCGGGCCGGCUGUGCGGCUGCGUGGCGGACGCGGACUCGCAGGCGCUGAGCGAGCGCGUCAUAUCGUUGGCGCGUACUGCGCCGUCGCGUACUGUUCGCGCUGCAGCAGCUGCUGCUGCGGGCGCGGUGCAGCGCGCGCGCGGCGCCGCCUCCAGCGCAGCUGCGCUACCCGUGCUGCGCGCGCUGGCGCAGGAUACAGCAGCUGUUGAACUCCAAGUGUGGUCGUUACACGCGCUAUCAGUGCUGGUAGACGCGUCAGGGCCGAUGUUCCGCGGCCAUGUGGAGUCCACCCUCAACUUAGCACUGAAGCUGCUGUUCAGCUCGCCGCCUUACCAGGAGGAUCUGCACCGCGCCGUCGCUCGUCUACUCUCCGCUCUCAUUACAGUCGUUGGUCCUGAAUUACAAGCGGGCGGCGGCGCAAUGAGCCGCUUCAUCUGCGCGUGCGCGGCGCUGCAGGAGUGCGGCGGCGGCGCGCGCGCGGAGAGCAUCGGCUGUCUGCAGCAGCUGCAGAUGUUCUCGCCGCGCAGCAUCAACCUGCAUCUGCUGGUGCCGCAGCUCUGCCGUGAUCUAUCGAGUCCCGAGCUGUCAGUGCGGCGCGCCGCGCUGUGCUGCCUCCGACAGCUGUCGCAGAAGGAGGCGGCCGAGGUGUGCCGCUACGCGCUGCUGGCCAAGGACCACGUACCAGCCAAACCGUACUGUGGUGUGACAAUAACGAGCAGCGGGCUGCCGGGCGCGCUGUUCGCGUACCUGGACACGGAGCGCGACGGCGCCGCGCUGUCGCACGCGCGCGACACGCUCGCCUGCUGCCUGCCGGCGGCGGCGCGCGCGCUGCACGACUGGCUGCAGCUCGCCAAGAGGGUGCUCACGCUGCGUCUGGAGGACACCACAAACCAAGAAACUGAUUUCGACGGCGAAGGUGAUGACGAUCAAGUAGAAUUCCACGCAGAGUCGGAGCAGUCAACACAUCCUGCUAUUCAGCCGAGGUGGUCCACAAAGGUGUUUGCGAUGGAAUGCAUUCAGAAGAUGAUGGGAGCGUGCGAGGCGACAGGCGACAGCGCGCACUUCGAUCUCGUUAAAGCUAAGGAGAAACUGAAAAAUGAUCCUAAUGGUGACUACCUAUCGCUGCACGUGUCGGACCUGGUGCGUAUGGCGUUCGUGUGCGCGACGGGGGAGUCUGACGCGGUGCGGCUGGCGGGGCUGCGCACGCUGCAGACUGUCAUACAGCUGUUCGCGCGCGCGCCAGAGCCCGACUUCCCCGGACAUCUGCUGUUGGAGCAGUAUCAGGCGCAGGUGGGCGCGGCGGUGCGGCCGGCGUUCGCGCGCGACACCGCCUCGCACGUGACGGCCGCCGCCUGCGACCUCUGCUCCGCCUGGCUCGGCUGCGGCGUCGCUAGGGACAUUGACGAUCUGCGCAGAGUCCAUCAGCUGCUCGUCUCCAGUUUGGACAAAUUGAACAAGAAAGGGAACACGACGCUCAUAUACAAUGAGAGUAUGGCUACGCUCGAGAAGUUGUCUAUACUGAAGGCCUGGGCUGAGGUGUACAUAGUGGCGAUGAUGAGCAACGACAGCGCGCCGGGCAGCUACGUGCGGCAACUCCACACCAAGCCCUUCAACAACAGGGCAGAGCUCGCCAAGUGGCGCAGCAAGGUGUUGCAGAACAACAAUCAAAUAGACAACGCUACUCCAGAUGAUGAGAACGAGGAGUAUGGAGAAUUCGAAUCUAAAGGAGAAAGUCUACUGAAGCUUGUAGAACCGGAGUUAGAGAGCUUGGGGGAGAACUGGCUAGCUGCGCUCAAAGAUCACGCGUUGUUGAGUUUACCACCAGAGUUCGCGUCGCAGCUGCCGCACGGGGGCGGGGCGUUCUACUCGGCGGAGACGGCGGAGGCGUCGCGUGCGCACUACGCGCGCGCCUGGCCCUCGCUGCUGUACGCCGCCGCGCUGCGCUACAACGCCUGCACACGCUUGCCAACUGAAGCACAGGAUAACCAAAAUACAGACAGUACCUUGGAUAAUAGAUCGACUAAAGCAGAAAACGGAAAUUGUGAAUUUUUCGAACCAGUUGAUGAAAGGUUCCAUCUAUUAUUUGGUAUCUGUAUGGAGGCGCUGUGUGCGCAGCGCGACAUGAGCGACCAGAACGUGGUGAGCGUGCUGCUGGCGCUCGUGACGCUGCUGGACGCGCCGCAGAACAGGGCGCGACUGCUUAAGGACAGGGCGUUAGCUAUCGAGUUAUGUCAGAUCAUCCACCGCACGGGGCUGACGCAGGAGAGCAUAGAGGCGCUGCUGCUGGCGGCCGACGUGCUGCAGCUCGUCAUAGAGGGCGCCAAGGAGCAGCUGCAUGCUAACAUGCAGGCUAAGAUCAAAGAACUAGCACCCAAUGCUACAGAAGAGAACAUACCACAAUCAGUUUUGGAAGUGGUCCAUACUCUGGGCGAGGGGGGGCCUACUGGUGAUCUGCCCCCCUCCAAGUCGGUCGUCUUCGCGUGUCUGGAGGCAUGCGUGUGUCUCUUAGUGAGGAGGUUGCCCGCUCUCAGCCCGCUCAAGCAGGAGGGCAAGGUCGGUGUCAUCGGAGUGCCCAAAGGACUCGGCGUACAUGGUGAUACGCUGCUAGUCAAGAGCUUAGCUGCUAUGUCGGAAUUAACGUCCUUGACAAGUCCGCAAGGUGCCGUAUCCCUGCUGCCGACAAUCCUGUACCUAGCUACAGAAGUGCUAAAGGAGAGUAAGGGCGAGCCGGUGGUGUCGGAGGCGGGCAUCCUGCUGCUGCAGCAGUGCGCGGAGUGCAAGCGCGCCGCCCUGCUGCCCGACACGCGCGAGCGGCAUGCGCAGUUGCUGCAGAGCGCGCUAGCUAAGCUGGUGGAGAGCGUCAAGACAGGUAUAGACCUAUCAGCGCAUGGAGGCGAUGACAGGCGCGCGGCGGUGCUGGGCCGCGCCGCGCCCGCGCCCGCGCUGCACUACCCCUGCAUCAACCACUUCCGACAGUGCCUCGACACCAGGGACAACGAUGCUUUUGCAGCGUGUUGCGGCGUGCUGCGCGGCGUGUGGGGCGGUGGCGGGGGCGGCGGCGCGGGCGCGGUGUCGUGGUGGGCGCGUGCGCUGGGGGCGCGAGUGGUGGCGCGCGCGGCCGCCGCCCGCCGGCCCGCAGACGCGUCCCACGUGCGCGCCGCGCUCGCUGCUUUCGCCGCGCUAGACGACCUGCUCGCCGCCGCGCCCCAUGCUCCACGUGUUCAACUGCUACGUAUGCUGGUGCCGAUCGUGAUAUCGUACCUGCGCGAGGCGGGCGAGCUGUCCCGCGCCGCGCCGCACGAGCGCUCGCUGCACGACUUCGCGCUGCACUGGCUCAUGCGAGUCGGCCCCAAGUACCCGCAGGAAUUCAAAACGAUGAUGCAGCAGUCGCCGGAGCUGCGCAGCAAGCUGGAGAGCGCGGUGAAGGCGAGCCGCAGCGCGCGCGCCGCCCGCACGCCGCCGCGCCCGCUCUUCCAGCCGCGCCCGCCGCGCCCCACCAUACACCUCAAGACUGACUUCUCCGACUUCCGAUAGACACCAUUCCCCGCACACUAUACUCCAAUACAUUACAAAUUAUCUUUAUACUAGCUAUCGCCCGCCACUCCAUCCGCGUGGAAUUAAAAAAAAAUCAAAAGUGGGUAGGCUAUGUGUGUUGACUAUCCUCUUCAUCGAAAUCCAUUCAGCAGUUUAGACAUCCAUCCAUGUAAACAUUCACAUCAUACUAAUAUUAUAAAUUCGAAAGUUUUGAUGGAUGGAUGUUUGUUACAGUUUGUAGCCACACUUUUGACGUAUUGGAGUCAUUUUUUAAAAUGUAAUUUUGCGUUGUACAUGGUGACACUGAGGGAAUUUACCCCAACAAGAAGCCCACGGGGUAUUUUCGUCCCACUAUUGUUUUUCGGAUUAGAUCUUUUUGUCCGUGAUAUUUUUGACAAAAUAAACUCAUGGCAUUUCCUAAUAACUUUAUCCUUGAAGGAUUUAUUAUAAAUUAUAUAAAAAUUAAACCCCAAUAUUUAUAUGAAUUAUAUAU